UGUUAGAAGGAUAGUGUGUUUGUGCCUGGAAAGUGUUACGGGCUUUGGUCUUGCAAGAAGUAAACAUCUGUGGAUUGACAUCAAGUGCUUUUUCUUAAGGGGACGUACAAUACCACCCUAUCUACAACUGGCUCUACCAUUCUCAUUUUAAGUUCUCUCCUUCUGAAUGUCCAUUUGUCUCCAUUCCCCCUGGAAGUUUGAACUCUUGGGUCUGGGUGUUUGUAUGGCUGAUUGACGGGGUGGUAGACGGAGUCACCAUGGCAUUGGGUGAGGUGUGGAGCCGCGUUAAGAAUGUGUGCCAACAGAAUGGCCUCCUCAUCUUGUCAGUGUUGGCCGUGGUUAUUGGAUGCCUACUGGGCUUCUUCCUGCGCUCCAAACACCUCUCUGAGCAGGAGGUGAAGUACUUCCAGUUCCCAGGGGAGUUGCUGAUGCGGAUGUUGAAGAUGCUCAUCCUGCCUCUGGUGGUCUCCAGUUUGAUGUCUGGACUGGCUGCACUGGACGCUAAGUGCUCCAGUCGACUGGGCAUCAUGACCAUCUCGUAUUAUCUGUGGACGACCUUUGUGGCCGUUGUGGUGGGCAUCGUCAUGGUCAUCAUCAUCCACCCGGGUGGAGCAGCACAGAAGGAGGACUCGGAGGACAGCGGCAAACCCAUCAUGAGCUCAGCUGAUGCUCUACUGGACCUUAUCCGCAACAUGUUCCCAGCCAACUUGGUCCAAGCAACGUUUCAACAAUAUCGUACGAGGAGCAUUCCUAUCAUGAAGCCCAAACCGACCAUCAGUCAGGACAUACUGGAGACCACCACCAGACGGGUCUUCAUUUAUGGAAUCCAGGAUGACAAUGGCACAGACAUCCAGAACUUCUCCCUUGACCUGACACCUCCUCCUGAUGUGGUCUUCAGAACGCUUCCUGGCACCAGUGAGGGCAUGAACGUGCUUGGUAUCGUCAUCUUUUCAGCCACCAUGGGUAUCAUGCUUGGAAGAAUGGGACCAAAUGGCAGUGCUCUGGUCAACUUCUGCCAAAGUCUAAAUGAAGCUGUGCUGAAAAUUGUAGCCAUUGUUAUAUGGUACUUCCCAUUUGGGAUUGUGUUCCUAGUAGCUGGAAAGAUCUUGGAAAUGGAUGACCCAUCUGCCAUGGGAAAGAAACUGGGCUUCUAUGCCAUCACUGUGGUUAUGGGGCUGGUGCUUCAUGGCCUGUUCAUCCUGCCAGCCAUGUACUUCUUCAUCACUAAAAAGAGCCCCAUCGUCUACAUCCGAGGCAUUUUACAGGCCCUGCUCAUCUCAUUAGCCACUUCAUCCAGCUCUGCCACACUGCCUAUCACCUUCAAGUGCCUCCUGGAGAACAAUCACAUUGACCGCCGUAUCAUUCGCUUUGUACUCCCUGUGGGUGCCACUAUCAACAUGGACGGCACUGCUUUAUAUGAAGCUGUGGCAGCCAUCUUCAUUGCUCAAGUCAAUAACUAUGAGCUGGACUUUGGUCAGAUCAUCACCAUCAGUAUCACAGCUACAGCAGCCAGUAUCGGUGCUGCCGGCAUUCCACAGGCUGGCCUGGUAACCAUGGUGAUAGUGUUAACUUCAGUGGGACUUCCUACAGAUGACAUCACUCUAAUUAUUGCUGUGGAUUGGGCCCUGGAUCGGUUCAGGACAAUGGUGAACGUGUUGGGUGAUGCUCUGGCUACUGGAAUCAUGGCACAUAUAUGCAGAAAAGACUUUAUAAAGGAGGGCGAGGAGAUCCCUCUCAUCUGUGAGACCAAACCCAUGAUCAGUAUUCAGCAGAUGAUGUCCUACCAGAAAAACGGCUGCUUCCAGCCCCCUCCACUAGGCCCUAUGAGGAAACCCGAUCACCUCUCACCCGACGUGGCCCGUCUCAUGCAGCUGGAGGAAGGCAUCAGGCCUGCUGAGAAGAAGAAAUCCCCUGACCUAUCUCCACACCAUUAUAAACGCGAGCACAAAGACAAAGAGCACUGUACCAUUGACAUGAAUGGUCUGGAGACCAAUGUCUAGACUCCUGCAGAGAGUGACUGGUCUACAUAUCAAACAAAAAGACCAAGAGCUGCAAGAUGCCAGUCACUCUCUGUCUCCACAUUUUGGAAUUUCAGUAUGUGUGUGAAUAUUUAAGUGAACUUUGUAGGUUCAAAGGGAAUUUAAUGUAAGGAAGCUGACAUGGUAGGGGGGCCAUGGAUCUUUGGACCUUCUUAGGGGAUUUACUGACCACUAUCCAUUUCCUUUCAAAAUCAUGGAACAGAUGCUAAGCUACACAAUUAAGUGUGUGGAGAGAGAUCAGUGUACAUAGAAGUGCUUUUGUUAUUCUGUCCAUUCCCUGUGAUCUGCUGGAGAGAUCACACAUUCUUUAUUGAAAGCGCUCAUGUCUGUCAUGGACACCUCAUCUUUGGAAUGUGGAUAUGUGUUAUUUUAUUUUGUUAUAUUUCAAAUGCUGCUGAGAGUUGUUUUUUGUUUUUUGAUUAAAGCUUUCUCUAUUUCAGUCCUCUCUUUCACUACCAGGGUGAAAAUAAAUUGUCCUCUGAAGAAGAUUUAACUAUAAGUGGCCCAACAAGUAUUUGGACACUUAAACCAGUUGUUCUCUGGGUUGCAGUUCUGAUAGGGUUGCAGACAGCAGUGUUUAAUGCAAAUAAUAAAGUGCAACUAACCCUAUUGUAAUGCAUAGUUAGGACAGCAAAAUAACUUCCCAUAUCUUAAUGUCAAAGACCAUGCAUCCAAUGACUCUACUGUAAUUUGCCACAAAUUCAUCUGUCACUUGAUAUAAUCUAGUCAAAUUAGGUGCAUGCCAUCCUGGACAGGUUAAGUGACAUGCAAUUAUCCUCAAAGGUAAAAGAAUAUCUGACCCAGAUUGGUUUGUGACAU